AUGCCGCCCCUCAAGACGAUGAGCGUCUUAGGAAGAUGGUCCAAGAGAAGAAAUGUUGCCCUCGACAAAGAUUGGACUGUCGGCGGCAACCUCGAAAGCAUCGAUCAUUCAAUACCCGCGCUGCUUUUGAGGAAAGAUGGUGCAUGGGGUGCCGUUAGGGUCGACACUAGCCCUGUGUUGAAUGAGGUUUCAGGGCCAGGAAUGGACCCUGGAAUUGCCUUGAUUCUGAUCAAACCUGGCGAAACCUGCAGGUUUUAUCAAAGUCCCUCAGUUCGAUACUUCCGGUACGCCAGUUAG